AUGGCAGUUUUUGCAGCAUGUCUGAUAAGGAUGGUGGUGGUGCUUGGGAAGAAGAAAGAUAAGAAGAGAUACCAUCCCGUUGGGGGCACAAUUUUUCACCUCAUGCUCAAUUUCAACAAGCUCUAUCACUAUCUUACAGACCUCACUCACAAAAACACUACUUUUCGAAUACUUUACCUCGACAACUCCGAAAUCUACACUUCGGACCCUGCUAACGUUGAGUAUUUCCUCAAGACCAACUUCGCAAACUACGGCAAGGGUUCGUUCCACCACGACGUUUUGGAGGGCCUUCUGGGAGAUGGUAUCUUCACAGUCGACGGCGAAAAAUGGCGGCAGCAAAGGAAGAUGUCCAGUUACGAAUUCUCAACUCGAAACCUCAGAGACUUCAGCAGUGGAGUCUUCAAGACUAAUGCUGCUAAUCUCGCCCACAUAGUUUCUUCAGCUGCGAAUUCGAAUCAGAUCAUAGAAAUCCAGGCGUUGUUCAUGAAAUCGGCACUGGACACGGUUUUCAAAGUCGUUCUGGGUGUCGACCUGGACAGCAUGCGGGGGACGAACGAGGGUUCUCAUUUUUCGGAGGCUUUUGACAAAGCAAGUGAGAUGACAUGUUAUAGAUAUGUGGACAUAUCAUGGAAGAUCAAGAAGUUUCUCAACAUCGGGUCUGAAGCCACGCUCAAGGAAUGUAUCAAAAUCGUCGAUGCAUUCGUUUACAAGGUCAUCGAGAGCAAGAUGGAACAGAUGAGCAAGCCCAACCAAAUGAACAGGAGUGAUAUACUGUCAAGGUUUCUGCAAAUGGACCAAAAGGACCCAAAGUACCUAAAGGACAUAAUACUGAGUUUUAUAAUUGCCGGUAAGGAUUCCACGGGAAGUGGACUUUCGUGGUUUUUCUACUUGAUGUGCAAGCACCCGACCGUGCAAGAAAAGCUUGUCAAGGAAGUUAAGGAGGCAGCAAAGCUGGACGACAGUUCAAGCAUUGACGAGAUAGCAAUGAGCCUUACCGAGGAAGCACUUGAUAGAAUGCACCUUCUGCAUGCGGCUCUUAGUGAGACUCUCAGGCUAUAUCCAUCGAUUCCAGCGGAUGGAAAGAUGUGUUUUGCAGACGAUACUUUUCCGGACGGGUUCAGUGUUAAGAAGGGGAAUUUGGUGUCGUAUGUACCUUACUCUAUGGGAAGGAUGAAAUCUUUGUGGGGUGAGGAUGCAGAGGAGUUUCGGCCCGAGAGGUGGCUCGAUGAAAAUGGUGUGUUCCGGCACGAGAGCUCUUUCAAAUUUACAGCUUUUCAGGCAGGCCCAAGAAUUUGUCUUGGGAAGGAGUUUGCGUACAGGCAGAUGAAAGUUCUUGCGGCCGUGCUGCUGAGUGCCUUUUCUUUUAAGUUGGCCGACGAGACAAAACCGGUGAAUUACCGAACGAUGUUGACUCUGCAGAUAGAUGGAGGCCUCCAUCUUCGUGCUACUUCCAGGAUUAUUAACAAAUCAAAUGAACAAAUAAGUACAGUAGAAUAA